AUGGCCCAAGUUCUUGUGCAAAUGCCAAACCUCUUCACCUCAUUCCUACAGGAUGAACCACCGUUCAACAAGCACUACAACGAAGUCCGCGAACAGUCUGAGCAAGCUGCUAUCAGUGGCUGCCAGCUCGGAUCAAAUACUGCGAACGCUAUCAGAAAAUGUAACUUCGCAUUUUUCGCGGCAAUUAUGGCCCCUGAAGCCUCGAAAGAUCGUUUCCGGACAAUCUGCGACUGGGGAAACUGGAUCUUUCCAUUCGACGAUCUAUUCGAUGACGGCGAUUUAAAGACGGAUUACGAGCGGGCUCGAACGAUGCUUGAUGGUCUACGAGCAUCUUUCGGCGAAGAUCACGUCGAAAAACCCAGUCUCCCGUUAUUGGAGUUUCACGCCGGAAUCUGGCAGCGCAUAGCACGAUCUCAUCUCGGUGGUGUGCAAAAUCGGUAUCAACACGCAAUGGAGGACUAUUCUUGUGGAGUCCUGGCACAGGUUCGAAUGGUGGGCAAUGGCACCGUUCCUACACAGAGCGAGGUGUUCUGCUCCAGGAGGAAAUCGAUUUGUGUCAAGGCACUUUUUGCCUUGGUAGAAUACGGCCAUGCGCUCGAACUUCCGCAACAGUUGUUCAAGCUUCCUACCAUACAGGCGCUGACUAAGGCAGCCGUAGAUGUGAUCCUUCUGCACAACGACAUAUUGUCAUACCAGAAAGAGGAGUCUGAAGGCGUGACGCACAACGUGAURGCAGCUUUACGUCGACAUGGUCUGGCAGCGCAAAGUGCUAUUGACCGUGUCGCAUCUGAUACAGAGCAUUCCGUGCUUUGCUUGCUCGAUGCUCUUACACAACUGCCCAAUGAGGAAUCGCCGCUUGGGGCGGCCGCGAAGUCAUACAGCACCGCAGUUAAAGAUGUUGUGAAAGCCAACCUGUACUGGAGCUUUGCCACGGAGAGGUUUUUGAACAAGCAAGACAUGGACGCGAUUCGACAUGGUGGGCCGAUCAGAGUGCUCGCUCGGCCUCUCUUCUUGCGCAGCCCGUAG